AUGGAAAACAACAUAAGAGAAUACAUUAAGAAUGAUUAUGGCAUUGAGUUGUCAUAUGGAAAAUCUUGGAGAUGCCGUGAGAAGGCUAUUUCUUAUGUCAGAGGGACACUGGAAGCAUCCUACCAGAAGUUACCAUCGUACCUGUUCAUGCUUCAACAGAAAAAUCCCGGGACGUUGACAGAUUUUGUCACUGAGGAAGAUCAAUUCAAAUAUUGCUUUUUCUCACUCGGAGUUAGUAGAAGAGGGUUUCGUACAUGUCGUCCUGUGUUAUGUGUGGACGACACUUUUUUAAAGACAAAAUACGGUGGGCAGAUGUUAUGUGCAGUCGCGCUAGAUGCAAAUAACCAUCUAUAUCCAGUUGCAUUUGGUAUUGUGGAUAGUGAGAAUCAUGAUUCUUGGAAGUAUGUCAUGUCAAAGCUAAAGGAAGCGAUUGGGGAAGUUGAGGACCUGGCGUUUGUAUCUGACAAGCAUGCAAGUAUUACACAUGCCUUGGAAACUAUUUUCCCCGAUGCCUAUCACGGUGCUUGCUACCACCACAUUAGUAUGAAUGUGGUUGCUAAAUUCAAGACUGAUCAUUGUCAUGUGUUGAUGUAUAAUAUAAUGACAAACAAUUACGCUGAAAGUUUUAACAAUAAGACCAGGGACGCUAGGAGCUUUUCGAUAACUACAUUCAUCAAAUUUAUUCGCUUCACAUUGCAGUCUUGGUUCUGUGAUAGGAGAGAAACUAGCGAGAAGACAACUACAACUCUUGCACCGACCUAUGAGAAAGAUUUGGUGGAUAUGGCUGAGAAAGCUUGA